UCCAUGAUGUACCGUUUACUUGUUUUGUAUGCAAUUUUACCUUGUUUGCUUACUAAACCAUGUGUAGAUAGACACAGCUACACCCGUCCACCGUUUCAUGGAACUCCAUGCCCUAGAAUUAUCGGGGACUUGGAAAUAUUGGAAUCCAGUGAAAAAGAUUCCCAAAGUGAGUCACUAGAGAACUCCGACGAAGACUCUUCAUCGGAAUCCAGCGAAGAAGAUUACGAAAGUGAGUCAGCAGAGAGCUCCGACGAAGACUCUUCAUCGGAAUCCUACGAAGAAGAUUCCCAAAGUGAUUCACUGGAGAACUCCGACGAAGACUCUUCAUCGGAAUCCAGCGAAGAAGAUUAUGAAAGUGAGUCACCAGAGAGCUCCGACGAAGACUCUUCAUCGGAAUCCUAUGAAGAAGAUUUCCAAAGUGAUUCACUGGAGAACUCCGACGAAGACUCUUCAUCGGAAUCCAGCGAAGAAGAUUACGAAAGUGAGUCACCAGAGAUUUCCGACGAAGACUCUUCAUCGGAAUCCAGCGAAGAAGAUUCCCAAAGUGAUUCACUGGAGAACUCCGACGAAGGCUCUUCAUCGGAAUCCAGCGAAGAAGAUUCCCAAAGUGAUUCACUGGAGAACUCAGACGAAGACUCUUCAUUGGAAUCCAGCGAGGAAGAUUACGAAAGUGAGUCACCAAAGAGUUUCGACGAAGACUCUUCAUCGGAAUCCAGCGAAGAAGAUACCGAAAGUGAGUCACCAGAGAGUUCCGACGAAGACUCUUCAUCGGAAUCCUACGAAGAAGUUUCCCAAAGUGAGUCACCAGAGAGCUCCGACGAAGACUUUUCAACGGAAUCCAGCGAAAAAGAUUCCGAAAGUAAAUCACCAGAAAAAGAAAGGAAAAAAAUAUAUUAUAAUGUAUACCUAUUCGUUCUUGGUGUGACAAAUCAUACAAUUAUCAAUGUAACAUUUUCAUCUGUGAUGCCACCCCAAAAUGGUGUACACUAG